AUGUACACUACUAUAGUUUCCUUAGACACGGUCAAGGAUACAAUGGCCAUUCACAUUAAAGACAUCGAUGACCUGAAGGUCAAGCUGGCGGAGGCCGGCGACAAGCUGGUGGUGAUCGACUUCAUGGCCACUUGGUGCGGACCCUGCAAGAUGAUCGGUCCUAAACUAGAGGAGAUGGCAACAGAAAUGAGCGAUGAGAUUGUUGUUCUAAAGGUCGAUGUUGACGAAUGCGAGGACAUCGCCACUGAAUACAACAUCAACUCCAUGCCCACCUUCGUCUUCAUAAAGAACAGUAAGAAAAUCGAAGAGUUCUCCGGCGCCAACGUCGACAAAUUGCGGAACACCAUUCUCAAGUUGAAGUAG